AUGAUGUUGGGAGUUGGGACACAUCUUCUUACACUAUUAAUGGUUGUGACUAUGUGUGUCUUCUCUAUGAUGUUUUCAGAUGCUUAUGCAGACAGAACCGUUGGAGAGAAAAAACCUAGGACUUCAGUGGAUGAGGGGCCUUCUAUGACAGAAUUAAGUGGCUAUAAUUCUAAGAGGCGGGAGUUUGAAAUUGAAUAUGAUAAUGAUGCCGAGCAAUUACUGGCAGACAUGGAAUUUAAGGAUACAGACACUGAUGCUGAACAUGGACUGAAAUUGCUAGUCUUGCGAAUAUACUCAAAAAGGCUUGAUGAGAGGAAACCGCGGAAGGAUUUUAUACUGGAAAGAAAUUUACUUCAUCCUGACCCUUUAGAGAAAGCCCUCUUCACCAGAAGAGAAAGAAAAAUGUUAGCAGUACAGGGUGUUCAUGCGCAUAUCGUGAUUUAUUCUGAAAUUUAUGCUAGUAUAUCGAUAACCAUAAUUUUGAAGGAUGCUCGAGCUGCUGGCUGCUGUACAUCUGCUGAGGCUGAAAGAUUUAUUGAGCAGAAGAGAAAGAUGGAAGCUGAAGAAACAGCCCGUGGAGUGAAGGAGAGUUGCCAGGCUGGUCUGAGUGGUAAAUUCCUCCAAAGGGCAAAUAAUCUCAAAGGAGAACUUGAUAGCAGUGCUCAGGGAGGUGUCACAGAUAUAGAUUCUGGUGGCAAGGACUCUUCUUCAACAACUGCAGGACUAGCUAUUUCAAACACCUUAAACAAUUGGGAUGUAACGGUUUUUGUGGGGGCUAAUUUACUCUCUGAAGCUGUAAAGAAUGCUGCUUGCACUUUCUAUGUCUAUAACCUAUAA